GCAGGAAUGCGAAUGCAAUCCUGUGCGAUUGUUUGUGAUCGUGUCGAUGCAAAGGUUUGGGAGUGGAUGGUUCGAGACAUUACUGAACAGUCACAUAAAUGUGAGCUCGAACGGAGAAAUAUUUGGGCAUCGAGAUAGGAGGACGAAUGUUUCAGUGAUGUACAAGACGCUGGACAUGGUGUACAACCUUGAUUGGUUUAGUAAUGCAUCCAAGAACGAGUGCUCGGGUGCUGUCGGUUUCAAGUGGAUGCUAAACCAGGGAUUGAUGGAGUACCACAAAGACAUAGCAAAUUACUUGAGUAGAAGAGGAGUCUCCAUUAUAUUUCUUUUCCGGAGAAAUCUACUCCGCCGGAUGGUUUCCUUGCUCGCUAAUAAAUACGACAAACAAGCCAAACUAUUGAAUGGUACCCAAAAAUCCCAUGUCCAUACACCACAUGAGGCUCAAAUACUAGCAGGAUAUAAGCCAGCCGUCAAUGUCACGAUACUUAUAUCUACUUUGAGGUCUACCGAGAAAACAGUUAUAAAAGCUUUGGAGAGCUUCAAAAGCACUCGACACAUUGUUUUAUACUAUGAAGACAUACUAGCAAAUCGAACG